AUGAAGACGGAGGCUGCUGCAAAAACUAAAAUCAUCCCCUGGAUUGUAUUGCUCCUGUGUCUCAGUUCCUACAAUUCAGGUGGGGUGUUGGCGGUGAAUAUGAGCAUCCCUAACACCCUCCUCAGAGGCACCGUUGGGGGGGAAGCCGUUCUCUCCGUCUGCUACAACAGCUUCAGUCUGGAUCUGCCCGUCAUCAAGUGGCAGCUGAAGAGGGAGAAGUCCAUCACUGUGGUCCAGUCGAUAGGAACCGACAUCAUUGGGACGCUGAGGCCGGAGUAUCGAGACCGAAUCCUGGUGUUUGAGAACGGGACUCUGCUCCUCCACAACCUCCGACUCUCCGACAACGGGACGUACGACGUGGAGAUCUCCAUCACAGACGAUACGUUCACUGGAGAGGGAAGCAUCACACUGACCGUGGAUGAGACUAUAUCCAGGCCCUUCAUCCACAUGGAGACGACAUCGGUUCUGGAGCUCAGUGAAAACGUGGUCCUGAACUGCUCCCAUGAUAAUGGCACCAAGACUGCAUACAGGUGGUUCAAAGGGGGGAAGCAGCUGAGCAACAUGACGCGGUUCGUGUUGUCUCCGGAUCAGAAGUUCCUGACCAUCAUGCGAGUGUUGAUGGCGGACGACGAUAUCUACAUCUGCAUGGUGGAGAAUCCUGUCGGCAAUAUGACGAGCCUGCCCGUCAAACUGACCGUCUACAGAAGGAGUUCGCUCUACAUCAUCCUCUCCACUGGAGGCAUCUUCCUCCUCAUCACGUUGGUCACAAUAUGUGCCUGCUGGACGCCGAACAAAAAGCAAAGGCACCACCACCCAGCUGGAAACCCUCUCUACAGAUACAAUGACUACUCUGAUUGCUUACGAAUCACUCACACAGAUGAUUUGCUUCCCAAAAGGACGGAGCGUAAUGGAAUAAAUGCUGUGACGUCGCUUUACGUCCUGCAGCAGAAGGAACCUUCCCUCGAUGACUCCUCCAACAACAGUAUUGGAUCUCCUGAAUCGGACAACCCUCCAUGCUACACCAGUUCCCCAAAACUCAACGGUUCUCUCACACCUGCCUGCUCGUCCAUCAGGUUGACCUGAAAGCCUGUCAGUUUCAACUCUCCAAACAACAGCAGGUGUACUUCUGAUACUCUCCUGAAUCCAGAAAGCAUUUUACUGCAAAUCUGCCUGGAUCUCAGGAAGGACCUCAAAACCAUUUUCUGAGGUUUCUCUAUAUAAUGUGAUCGAGCGGUGCAAGGUAAAAAAAACAAAGAUGUAGGUUAGCAUUUUAGCAUUUCCUGCUCCCUUGUCUUGAAGUCAAUGGUUUUCUGAAUGUGUUUUUGGUUGUUGAACCUGAAAUAAGGUCUGUGGUUAACACAAGCUGAAGAGAUUUCAACGUUUUGUUCUACCACAUAAAAAGCAUAAGUAAAUAUCCCACUGGGGAAUUAAAAAACAGAGGUUGCUAACAAGUGUCUAAAUGAGACGACUAAACGUCAUCACGCCCAACAUUAGCCUCCUUUAGCUUAGCGGUGGUGACGUGAAGUCAUGUGACCGUGCUGUAGUUCCUUUCUAGCCCAACAUUAGCUUUUUAUUUGAAAAAUCAUAAAGUGGUGUUAAUAUGUGGAGAUUAUCCUGCUGAAAAAAACGUGUAAGUAUCAUAAACACCACAGAGAUUAUUUUCUAUAAUACAAAAUCCAAUGGAAAAAUCCCAUUGGCUUUCUGUCGAGGGAACAAGGAAGAAGCUGACCAACAAAAAUAUGUCACCUCUGCACCACAAUAUUGCAUGGUGAUAAGUUGUUUUUUAUCAAAAGUACACUGUAACUUAAAAUGAAGUUGUUUUUAAAGAUGGAAGCACAUCCUGAAGAGAAGUCAUAAGGCAGUGUGACAUCAGACACAAGUUUAAAACGACUUUAAAUCUCGUUUUUGGGUUUACCACUAACCGCUGUUGUCGUUGGUUUCUGGAACUAUAUAUUAUUUGGGAAAUGGAGUCUGCAAAAAACUGAAAUGGGGUCCGUAAGAUGAAUAUACUUCUCUUGUGCUUUAUUGUCAACUGUUUGUUGUUAUGUUAAACAAUACAUGUAUCUAAACUUGGUUAAAAAGGGAUCAUACUCAGAAAUGUUGAAUUUUUUUAAUAUUUGACUGUGUUUUGUGUGAUACUGUAUGUUCUGUACUGUUGAUGCAAUGACACACAGCAGUGACUUAGUAAUAUUUUGUGAAAUAAUGUAAAUUACUAUUUAAUUAUACUAGAUGAUUAAAUAGUAUUUUAUUGAAAAUAUAGAACAAAGCCAUGUUGGUUCACUUUUAUACAAACUUAAAUAAACUGUGAGAUAUUUCU